AGUGCCGACGCCGACAGAGGGCGGCGGGACACUCGCGACGCUGCGGGGAAGAUGACAGGUGGUGAUGGACCGAAGCCUGACCUGCGGCGCAGCUCUGACAGCAAGCCGCUAUCAUGGACAGAGAGAGUCGAGGCCUGGCGACCUCGGUGCCCGGGCCCGUUCUCCCUCCGCCACCGCCUGCCGCUCCUGCUUUGGCUGCCCCAGUACGGCGGGGGUCGGCUGCUGCGGGACACGCUAGCCGGCGUCACCGUGGCGCUGAUGGCCGUGCCGCAGGGCAUAGCUUACGGUCAGCUGGCCGGCCUGCCGCCCCAGUUCGGCCUGUACGCCUGCCUGCUGCCCGGCCUGUGUUACGCGCUGCUGGGGACGACUGACGCCGUCAGCAUCGGCCCUACGGCCGUCAUGUCGCUGCUGACGGCCGAGUUCGCCGGCGGCGACCCGCAGCUGUCCGUGCUGUUGGCCUUCUUCACCGGAGUCGUGGUGCUGACGGCAGGACUCGUCAGGCUGGGGUUUUUGGUGGACUUUUUCUCCGUUCCCGUCGUCUCUGGUUUUGUGUCAGCGGCUUCAAUCACCAUUUGUUCCACGCAACUCAAGGGACUGCUUGGAAUCAAAGGAUCGUCGGGCAAGACCAUGAUUGGAACGCUGCGACAUGUCGCCGGCCACAUUGACGAGACCAACCUGUGGGACCUUCUGCUCGGCACAACAUGCAUCCUGCUGCUGCUCGGGCUCAGGUGGCUGGGCCAGCGCGCGGGCAGCAGCACGGUGCCGGUGGGGUUCCCGGCGCCGCAGCCGCCGCCGUUCGCGCUGCUGGCGGUGAACGGCACGCGCGAAGGGGCCGGCCUGCUGCAGCUGACCCGCCAGCUGGGGCUCGGCCUGCUGGUGGUGCCGCUCGUGUCCGUCAUCGAGUGUAUGGCCAUCGCCAAGGCGUUCGCGGCGCAGGGACGCGCACAGGACUCCUCGCAGGAGCUGGUGGCGCUUGGCGUGUGUAACCUGGUCGGCUCGUUUUUCUCGUCGUACACCGUCACCGGCUCGUUUUCGCGAACGGCGCUUAACCACGCGUCCGGCGUCGCCACGCCCAUGGCUGGGGUCGUCACGUGCGUACUGGUGGUGGUGGCGCUGGCCGCGCUGACGCCCUACUUCCGCUUCAUCCCGACGGCAAGCCUGUCGGCCGUCAUCAUCUGCGCCGUCGUCUUCAUGGUCGAGUGGAGGAUGGUGCCCACACUGUGGCGCUGUCGCAAGCCGGACCUGGUGCCGCUGCUGGUAACGUUCCUGGUCGGCCUGCUCUGGCGCCUGGAGUACGGCAUCCUGCUGGGCACCGGCGUCAGUCUCCUGCUCCUGCUGCACCGGUCGGCCCGGCCGAAGAUCGUCGUCACCACCAAAUGGACGCCGGCUGGUGGCCAGCCGUACUUGCUGGUGACACCCGAGUGCGGACUUCACUACCCGGCCGCCGAGAACCUCCGCGACCGCAUCCUGGCGGCGGCUCGCGGAAGCUUCCCUGCGCCGGACCGGCCGGCAGAGGGCGAGGCGGCCGUCAGCUGCGCUCCGGAGGUGACCCGGCUGUGCCCCGCGGACACUGGCCGAGCAGGGGUCACGGAGGGCGAGGUCAAGGUCACGCGUCUGGCCGGAGAAGGUGCAGGCGACGGAUGGACGGCACUAGAUAGUGAAGCGAACGGCCUAUCGGAUGGACAGGCUGGGGAGUACAGCAAGACUGAGGAAAGUUCCCUACCAGUGGUUCUCAACUGUCGCAACAUACGCUACACAGACUUCACGGCAGCCAAGAGCGUGGCCGCCGCCGGCCGGAGCCUAGAGCAGACCGGCGCCGGACCCCUGCUCCUGCUGGAGGCAAAGCCGUCGGUGCUUGCCGUAUGGACAGCUGUCGAUCCGGAGGCGUUCUUCAUCUGCUGCUCGGAAGCCGCCGCCGCCCAGCGCGUGGACGACGAAGCGAGGAGGCGGUUUGCAGACGAAGGUCUUAUGCAUUGUGGUCGGGUUAUUUGA